AUGCAAUAUCGAACCAUUUAUCCGUAUGCCACGACAUCGCAGCACAAUGAUGCGCAAUAUCAUUCUCGCGAUGAGCAGCGGCGUCGACAGCAGGAGUAUUUUCAGGCUUUAUCUCAACAGGUAGCGCAACGAGAGCAGCAAAAGCGCCUUGAGCGUGAACCAUCAGUUCCAAAUUUUCGACACAAUGAUGUAGUUCCUCAUCGUCAGGAAGCUUUCGAACUAGCUAACCAUGGGAUUUUUGACGGAUUGGGGCAAAAUCAUCCUCAAAAGGCAGGAAAUAGCUAUGCGCGUAGACAACCUCAGCCAUAUCAGCGCAUGUCUGCUGAAAAAUCUUUAAAUAAAUCGCAAGUUGAUCAGUACUUACCGAAUGCGAAAAUGGAUUUACCAUCAGGUUUCGAACCUUCCGACAUGCAUCGACCAGUUGGUGAUCCCCAAUGUGAAGUAUCUGGUCUCUCCAAUCGUCAACAGCUUUUACAGCCGCAACAAAUUUGGCCAAACUCAAUACACAAAGACUCCAUACCUUGUACUGUCGGGAACGAGUUAGAUGGCCAAGCCUUUUCACAGAAUCCUUCGCAAUCAAGAACCGAUCAGUUUUGGGCAGAACCAGGCAAAUCAGCAAUGCCGGCAGGUUUCUCAGAUAAUGGAUCUUCACCGCAAAAGUUUCAAGCAGGUAUGUCUCAAGACACGUUAAACGCUCCUAUUGCACGCCGUCGAGCAACUUAUCGCAAUCGUGGUCAAGGAGAUACUGAGGAGAUGGAAAGACUACGUCGUAAGGCGAUACAGCAGCACGAAAUGCAAUUGGCGCUAGAGCGACAAAUCGAAGAGAAACGACAGCAAAAGCUAGAGGCUAAAAGGAAGCAGGACGAAGAGGAUCGACUUGAGCUGAAACGUUUUGAGGACGAUCAAAGGCGACUACGGGCAGAGCAAGAGCAACUGGAAGUUGAAAAGCGUCGAAAAGCUGAAUUGGAACAGCAAAAAGUCAAUCAAUUAGCAGCAGCAGUUGCAGCGGCUAGUUUGCAAGCCAAAAUUGAACAGCAACAGAAAUUACACGCUCAAAUUGCACAAGCACAAGAGCAUUGCAAGUCAUCGCCACAAUUAAAACAAAUUGAAAGUUCUUCAGACAUCUUACCCAAUAAAUCAUUGUCGAAAUCCCGAGCGCAUCUGUAUGAAGAUCCUCAACCUCAGCGACUGGAUCCGAUAGCUAUCAGCAACAACAACAACCAGAACGCGCUUUUACGAAACAGUAAACACGAAAGUGGUGAAAGAAAUGAUGCAUCGAGCUUUAAUGAGCUGCGUCGUCAAUACGACGAUAUGCGAGAGGAGUUAAAACGACAAAAUGAGAUUGUCAAUCAGCUUCGUCAAGCUCAGGAUCAGAUGCAGCAGCAACAACAAAAAUCGUCUGUAAAUGUUCAGAGCAAAAAUGUUCUAAUGUUGGAGGAUCUAGAGAUUCUUCGGAAUGAAUUACGUGAAGAUUUGGCACAUCAGGAACACAGCCACCGACAAAAGACGGAUUAUAUUGACCAAAACCAGCAAUUGAAGCAAGCAUUUGCAGGUCCAGGAAGCGAAUCCCCCGAAAUCAAGUACUCGCGUGAGCUACCAGGACUUACCACGAUGUUACCGAAAGAAUGCGCAAAUUCCUUGCGAGGUGACAGCACCUUUGUAUAUUUUGAUACUGAGAACGAGAAUCAAGAAAUUUUACAUCAAGAGGAUGAACAAGCGCUUUUUGAACAGAGUGAAUUGAUUAAGGUCGAAUCGGUUAUGCCUCGAAAAAGCAAUUUACAGUCCGAGGAAAUGUACAGCAGUUACGUGGAAGCUACAACGUUUGAUGAUACAAUACAAGAGGAACAGGAGGUUGCUGAUACGGAUAGUGAAGAUGACGCUGUGGAGUUUAUUGUGACAGAUAUUGCAUCUUCUUCCUUGUGUCAGCCCGUUUCUUUAUCAAACGCUGCGAGUCGUAGGGCGAGCAGUCAUCGGUAUUCCCAGCUGCCACCAGCAAUGUCUGUACCCCUACACUCUUAUGAUCAUGACAAGUGGCGGGAUAAGUCUGUCUGCGUUGACAAAAGUGAUGAUAGUGACGAAGAUCUGGAGGAAACUUUGGAUGGCGAUCAGCUCGACGCACUUUUCCAGCGCAACAUGCGUCGACACGAGAUUUUUAUGGGUUUCCAGAGUAAUGAGAACCAAUACCUGCAUGAUUCUAAUUGUCUAGAAGAAGACAACUGCACGAAAGUGGCGUGGACGGAUCAGCAUCAAGCUUGA